AUACUGCCACGUGGCGGCAUGAGAAGGCUCUGUUCUGCUGAAUGCUGAUUCACGAAAGAAAAGAGAAAAAAAUGGCCACACAAGGAAGUUGUAGUUUGCACUCUCCGCCCACACUUGAAAAAACGCAGCUUCUGAGAGUGCAAGCCGCAAACACAUUCCCGUAAUCCAAAACUAAGAUAAGGUUCUCUCUUUUCUUCUUUUCUCCUACCAUCUCAAUUCUCAACCACCAACUCUUUUUUUCUGAAUCGACGGUGAAUUGAAUGAAGAAGCUGAACACUGAAUAGAGAGUGAUUCUGUAUUCUUCGGAUUGAAGAACCAAACAGGGAAGUGAAUUCAAAGGGAGAUACGUACGAAUUAGGUUUUAUUUUUGGGACUGUAUGAGUUGGGAAAAUCCCAAUUGGUUCUUAUUCUUUAAGUUUGGAAGCUUGAGGUUUUACAAGAAGGAGCAACAACAGCUUCAGCUAUGGCUAUUGCUACGGCCACCUUCUCUCUCCAUUUCUCCAAAGCUUCCAUUCUUCAUGCUCCUUUUCGUUCGUCUUCUUCGCCAUACGCUUCCUCUAGAAUACGCCAUCGCUUCCCUUCUAGUAGAUGGUUGAACAACACCACCAUUUGCCCUUAUGCUCCUCACAGAUUUGCAUGUAUUAGUCCCAAAUGUUCAAUCACAGAUACUAGUGUACAUUUGGACCAUGUUGCCACAGAUGAGGAUGGUGAGGAAGGGUGUUCUUGUUCUUCUCCAAUGGUUAAACCUGAGUGUCCGGUGCCAAUCGUUAAGCUCAACCCUGAUAUUCUUGAGGCUGAGUCUUUGAACCUACUCAAUGAAGACACAUUUGUAGAUACCCUACUGACAGCAUUGCCUGUUUUGUCCAAAGAGGAGCAACAUGCCCUCGCAGCUACUCCAGCUCAUCCUGCCGGGUUACAUGCUUUCUAUGCUAGCUGCAUAGUUGCAAAUUUAGUUGAGCAGCUUUGGAACUUUGCUUGGCCCUCCGCCAUUGCCUUGAUUCAUCCAAGUCUUUUGCCUGUUGCUGUAAUGAGUUUCUUCACUAAAGUGGCUAUAAUUGUUGGAGGCCCCUUGGUUGGCAAAGUUAUGGACCAUCUUCCAAGAGUGCCUUCAUACAAUUCCUUAACUAUUAUUCAGGCUGUAGCUCAGUUGCUAUCUGCAUCAAUGAUUAUUCAUGCUCAUUCUGUGCGUCCUACUUCAGUGUCUACCCUGCUUCUGCAUCCGUGGUUUGUUAUAUUGGUUGCAGCCGGGGCCAUUGAGAGGCUAUGUGGUGUAGCUUUGGGGGUAGCAAAUGAGCGUGACUGGGUUGUGAUGCUGGCCGGAAUGAAUAGGCCGAUUGCACUUGCUCAGGCAAAUGCUAUACUAAAUCGAAUCGAUCUCCUCUGUGAGAUUCUUGGUGCAUCACUGUUUGGAAUCCUGCUUUCCAAAUAUCAUCCUGUUACCUGCCUGAAAUUUGCUGCUGGCUUAAUGAUGGGGUUACUGCCUGUUACAAUUAUUUUCACUUGUUUGGCAAACAAGCUUUCUACUGGUGUUCUUGAAAGGCCUAGACCUUCACAAACCUGCUGCAGAACAUUCAAUGAAGAUUUUGCACCAGAUGCUGAAAAUAUAGUUGUUAAAGGUCUUAAAGCCAUCAAGCAUGGCUGGAAGGAGUAUCUGGGUCAGCCAGUUCUUCCCGCUAGUCUUGCCUGGGUGCUCCUCUACUUCAAUGUUGUUCUUACACCGGGAAGUUUGAUGACAGCAUUUUUAACGCAGCGUGGUUUACAUCCAUCUAUCAUUGGAGGAUUCAGCAGCAUGUGUGCUUUUAUGGGUGUUACAGCUACAUUCGUGUCUUCAACUUUGGUCAAGCAUUUUGGCAUUUUGAAGGCUGGAGCUGUUGGUUUGGUGGUUCAAGCUUUACUUCUCAGCAUUGCUGUUGCCGUAUAUUGGACCAGAUCAAUGUCGAAUCAAAGCCCACUUCUCGUUUUCCUGUCUAUGAUUAUAUUGUCGCGGUUAGGACACAUGUCAUACGAUGUUGUAGGGGCACAGAUUAUCCAAACAGGGAUCCCAUCAUCAAAAGCAAAUCUCAUUGGGACAACGGAGGUCGCUGUUGCCAGUUUAGCGGAGUCUAUAAUGCUCGGUGUCGCAAUAAUUGCAAAUGAUCCAUCUCAUUUUGGGUGUUUGGCAAUGUUGUCCCUUCUCUCGGUGGUUGGUGCCGCAUGGAUGUUCUGUAAAUGGUUGUUGAAUCCGACAGAUGAACAAAAAACACUCUUUUCUUAUGAUCCUCAAUUUUGAUAAUAUUUUGUUGCUUCCAUUAGCUGCAUUAGUACAAAGGCUGUUUGGUGGUGGACAAGAACCCAAAAAAAAAAAAAAAAAUCUUGGCGCUAUUAUUAUCAUCCACUUAAUACAGGAACUAGGGUCAUUGUCUCGAUGAUGAUUUCUAUGAACAAAAAUAGAUAGAUAUGGCUGUAACCUGUAAUUCUGUAAAUGCAAACAAGCAUGCCUUGCUAUUAAUAGCAGUGUGUACAUGACACUUAUUUUUUAUUUUAGCUAGGUGCUCAGAAAUAAUUAUAAAAUCUUUGUAAAGCAUUUUAUUGAUUUUUAAA